AUGAGUCACAAUGAAAAGCCUGCUAAAUUCACUGGAGAGAAUUUUAAAACAUGGCAACAGAAAAUGUUGUUCUAUUUGACCAUGUUGAAUAUGGUAAAACUUCUGAAGGAUGAUCCUCCUAUUUUUAAAAAUGAUGAGGAAGAUGCUAUUAUUGCCUUCAACAUUGUCGAAGCAUGGAACAACUUUAAUUUCUUAUGCCGUAACUACAUUUUGAAUAGUUUAUCUAAUGAACUUUAUGAAGUAUACAAUAUCAAGAAAACGACUAAGGAAUUAUGGGAAUCGUUGAACCAUAAAUACAAAAUUGAAGAUGCUGAUGCUAAGAAAUUCUUAGUUGCCAAGUUCUUAAACUUUGUAAUGGUUGAUUCUAAAGUUAUUGUAAAUCAGGUGCAAAAAUUCCAACUGAUCAUUCAUGGUAUUCUCAUAGAAGGGAUGGAUAUAAGUGAAUCCUUUCAGGUGGUAACCAUUAUUGAAAAACUUCCCCCUGCUUGGAAUGACUUCAAGAACUAUCUUAAGCAUAAGAGAAAAAAAUGA